CCUGGGAGUAGAGCAGAUGCAAGGCAGCGAGGUGGAGACUUGCUGAGGAAAGGCAUACGUUAAUGUAUGUGUGAGGUUAACCCAGGAGGUUGAAUUCCAAAAUUUCCCCUUCCCCUUUCUUCCUUUUACUCAGGUUCUGUUUCAAGCUGAUUCCAGCCAUUUGGGAUUGCCUCCCACUGACAACUUAGUAGGGCUUUCAUUAUAAGCAGGCUUGAGAUAUCUGACCUUUCUCUCGACCUAAACACCUGGGGCUGGAAACAUGGCGGGAGAGAUUUACAGAUUAUACCUGGGGCAACGAACCAGAACGACAUUAGAGGAGAAAAGAGGCCUGUCGUUUUUAUUGGCUUCUGCACGUCUUCCUCCCCAGCUUCGGCCACUCUCCCCUUCGCACCCUCUCACCUCACAGAAGGGACUUUUCACUAGGACACUGCUGCCUCCGCUGUGCUGCUGUGCCAGGCCCAGGGAGGUGCCGGGGCUGGGGCCGGCCUUGGCACCCACCAUCCUUGUCCCAGGGAUUAGGCUUAGGUCCACCAGAUGGAAGGCAGAUGAGAGCAGCAGUUGCUUCUGUCCUCAGCCCAUUGGACUGCCACUGUGUUGGGGCUGAGCACCCGGUCCCGGGCAGAAUGGCGACGUCCGGAAGAGAACACUGACCUCCAGGUUGCGCUUCUAGAACUGGAGCAGAAAGAAGGUGUGGCCCAGGGCCAACCCCGCCUCCUCCCCAGGCGGAAGCUGUGUGUCAGUUGCCGGAAGUCGGCGUGAGGUGGGGCUUAUGCGGCGGCGUGGUGAAAUAGAUAUGGCGACCGAGGGGGAUGUGGAGCUGGAGUUGGAGACUGAGACCAGUGGACCAGAGCGGCCUCCGGAGAAGCCACGGAAACAUGACAGCGGUGCGGCGGACUUGGAGCGGGUCACCGAUUAUGCAGAGGAGAAGGAGAUCCAGAGUUCCAAUCUGGAGACGGCCAUGUCUGUGAUUGGAGACAGAAGGUCCCGGGAGCAGAAAGCCAAACAGGAGCGGGAGAAAGAACUGGCAAAAGUCACUAUCAAGAAGGAAGAUCUGGAGCUAAUAAUGACCGAGAUGGAGAUAUCUCGAGCAGCAGCAGAACGCAGUUUGCGGGAACACAUGGGCAACGUGGUAGAGGCGCUUAUUGCCCUAACCAACUGAUGCGUGCUUUCUCAAAUAUACCUACUGGAUUAAUUCAUGGCAAUAAAAUUUUUUUUUGUCUUUUUCAGUUUUA